AUGCUUAGUCGUUUGAGUUUGUGGAAACUGGUUCAUGCUCUUCUUGAACAGCUCGUCGCCCAUCCCGGCCAAAAUGAAAGCGUGGUCAAACUUUUACGCUUCGUCAGCGAACAGCUCACGGUUGAUGAGGAUCUGAUCACUCUGUUGGUUGAUGACGUUUCGUCUCGUUUUAAGUUCCUUGUGUCAUGUUCCAGUUUUGCCGGUUUGAUGCAGAAGCAACCUGGGUUGACCUACCGCAUCCUAUACAGCAUCUGCGACUCUCUUUGA